AUGGCCGAGAGGAAUAGCUCUGGACCCGGUAGCCGGGAAGGCAGCGAGCCGGGGAAGGGCUGGAAGACGGAGCUAAAGGCGGUGGUGGUGGGCGACGGCGGCUGCGGAAAGACUUCGCUCCUUUUGGUGCAUGCCAAAGGCGCCUUUCCCGAGCAAUACGCCCCUUCGGUCUUUGAAAAAUACACAACCAAUGUCGCUGUGGGGAAAAAAGAAGUAGUCUUACAUUUGUAUGAUACUGCAGGACAAGAAGAUUAUGAUCGCUUACGGCCACUCUCGUACCAAAACACUCAUGUGGUUUUGAUUUGCUAUGAUGUCAUGAACCCUUUUAGCUUUGAUAAUGUAUUAAUCAAGUGGAUCCAUGAAGUCAACCACUUCUGCCGCGGAAUCCCUAUCCUGUUGGUGGGUUGCAAAACUGAUCUCCGGAAAGACAAAGAACACCUCAAGAAGCUCCGCUCUGCUCAACAGGAGCCGAUCACUUACAAGCAGGGUGAAGAGGCCUGUUGCCAGAUCGGUGCCAGCGUGUACCUCGAGUGUUCAGCCAAGUUUCGGGAGAACGUCGAAUGCAUUUUCAGCGAAGCGGCUAGCAUAGCGUUGAAUGCCAUCAAGAAGGCCAAACGCCAGAAGAAAUCAAGGCCUUGUGUUCUUUUAUGACGUGAAACCGGACAGAGGAAGACAGUUGCUCUUCUUCCUUU